AUGAAGCCCGAGAAUGGAGCCGCGCCUUGGCACCCGGCCAAAAGGAGCUGCCUGGGCCGGCUAACCACUCUCGAAACCCUCCUGCUCGUCUUCCUUGGCCUCCUCAUCACCGCUCUUCUCUCUGUGUUAUUUCUGUGGUUAUGGGUACUUGACGGUUACAAAACGUUCACUGACGGUCGUCCAAUAUAUCCACAACCAUUCGAAAACUCAUCGGUGGCCGUCGAUCGAUCGGCAAAAAAUCAUAAUGAUGUGGUGUGCACGUCACGAGAAUGUGUACGUCUAGCCGGCUUUUUGGCUGAAAAUUUGAAUUCAAAAAUAGAUCCGUGUGAAGAUUUCUACGAAUUCGCGUGCGGUAACUACGGAUUGAACAAGAAUCUACCGGCUAACAAACCACUUCGUCAUACGAUUAGUGAUGUGCAAUCACGACUGAACAAACAGGUCAAAUCGAUGCUUCAAUCUCCGAUUUCACAAAAUGAAAAGUCAUGGGACAAGUUGGCGAAAGGAUAUUAUCAGAAGUGUUUGGAUGAGGAGGAAUUGGAGGCGACUGGCGUCGAGGCGAUGAGGGAUAUUUCGAAGAGAAUUGGAGGGUGGCCAACUUUGGAAGGCGACAAAUGGCAAGAAUGGACGCAUUCCUGGGAAGAACAACUCGCCCUGGUGCUCAACCUCACUGGUGUCAACGCAGUGAUUCUUGAGAUGGCUGUAACCCACGAUCCCUCAAAUUCCAGUCGAAGUGUCAUAGAGCUCGACCAACCAAAAUGGGGAGCCGGAUCCCGUUAUCCAUAUCUCUCCGGAGCCAAUGAUCCAAUGCUCCGUAACUACACAACACUCAUGAAAUUGACUGCAGUGGCACUGGGUGCUGAUCCUGCAGUGGCAGAUCGAGAGAUGAACGAGGCGAUGGAAUUUGAGUUGAAACUUGUGAAUUUUUCUGCGGAUGAUAUGAUUCGGAGGGAUCCAGAGAGAGGAAACAAUCGAUUCGAAUUGUGGCAGUUGAAGAGUGUCUUUCCAUUCAUAAAUUUCGAGAAGUAUCUGAAAACAGUCUUCAAGGAGUUGGUAGAUUUGUCGCCGAACCAUACAGUGAUUGUCAGAGAGAUUGAUUAUUUUGUUGGAAUUCAGCACGUGCUCCAAUCCACACCGAAACGAGUCCUCGCCAACUACAUCUCGUGGCGACUGGUCCAAGGUUUCUCACCAUUUUUACCGCCAACCGCCCGAGAGCCGUUCUACCAAUUCAAGGCGAAUCAGACUGGAAUGUUCAAUAGCCCACCACCGGAUAGAUGGGAAGACUGUGUAACUUUAUCAGUGAUCAUGAUGGAUAUGCCAGUCGGAAGGUUAUUCGUUGAAAAUUUCUUCGAGAAAGAGAGAGCGAUGAAUAAGAUGACUGAACUAACUUCCUAUCUAAAAAACGAGUUCAUAAAACAACUACAUGUCCUCGAUUGGAUGGAUGAAACAACUCGUCGUCGAGCCAUUUCGAAAGCCAACAUGAUCGAAUACAAAUCAGGUUUUCCAAUGGUUUUAUUCAACGACACCUGGAUGGAAAAGAACUGGGGAAUGGUGAUAAAACCAAGGGAGUACCUCUUGCAUCUCACGAUUCGAGUGAAGUUGGUCAGAUUCACCGAAGAGUUGCUUCGUCUCGAUCAACCAUUGGAUAGAUCGAUGUGGUUCCAGAGUCCCGCCCAGGUGGAUGCUUACUACGCUCCGAAUAAUAAUGAAAUGAUCUUCCCCGCCGGCAUAAUGCAAUUCCCGUUCCUAACUUUGGGUGUCCCCAACUACAUCACGUAUGGAAUGGUUGGAGCAGUCAUUGGACAUGAGGUAUCCCAUGCUUUCGAUGACCAAGGUGGACAAUACGAUGAGUUGGGAAAUCUCAAUGAUUGGUGGGAUGCUGAGACGGAGGAGAAGUUUAUCGAGAAGACCAGAUGUUUCGUCCGCCAGUAUGAAAACGUGCACGUCGUUGAGGCGGACAUUCAUCUCAACGGUCAGCUGAGUCUUGGAGAGAAUAUUGCCGAUAACGGAGGUGUGAAGACGGCAUUCAAUGCUUAUAAGGCCUGGAAAUCAAAUACAACGGGCAUCAGUGAGCCAGCGUUGCCUGGGUUCCAGAAUUUCACCAGUCAGCAGAUGUUCUUUUUGGCUUAUGCUAAUAACUGGUGUUCCCUGGUCCGUCCGAAACACUACAUCCAAAUAAUCCUAACAGACGUGCAUGCUCCAUCCAAGUAUCGCGCAAUGAUACCACUCCAAAACCGUCCAGAAUUCGCGAAAGCCUUCCAAUGUCCUAUUGGAUCUCCGAUGAAUCCCGAAAGGAAAUGCCAAGUUUGGUAG